AUGGGUCGCGUUCGAACGAAGACGGUCAAGAAGUCCGCCAAGGUCAUCAUCGAGCGAUACUAUCCCAAGCUCACUCUCGACUUCGAGACCAACAAGCGUAUUUGCGAUGAGAUCGCCAUCAUUGCCAGCAAGCGUUUGAGGAACAAGAUCGCUGGUUUCACCACUCACUUGAUGAAGCGUAUUCAGCGUGGUCCUGUCCGUGGUAUCUCGUUCAAGCUGCAAGAAGAGGAACGCGAGAGGAAGGAUCAAUACGUGCCCGAGGUUUCUGCUUUGGACUUCACCCAAAACGAGAGCGGACAACUGGAUGUCGACCAAGAGACGAAGGACUUGUUGAAGUCGCUAGGAUUCGACGGCAUCCCUGUCAAUGUCGUGGCUGUUCAACAACAACAGGUUGCAGAGCGACCGCGUCGAUUCAACGACCGACCCCCGCGUGCAUAA